AAUGAGACAAUGAGAAAGAAGAGAUUGUUAAACAAAAGGACUUUCCUUUGUGCUUUCAAGUGAAUUCACUUUUCACUCUCAACGUGAUUAUAAUGUAUCGAUUUGUUAACUUGUUUUUAAUUAUCGUUGCCAUAAAUUUUUAUGGCAAUGUUCAGUGUUCGUCCAGCAAGGAAGGACUUUUAUUGACACCUUUAAUUAAGGCUGGCCGAAUUGCCGAGGCUCGUUCAUCGGCUAGAGUUGUUUUGCCAAAUGCUCCUCAAGUUGAAAGUUACUCUGGAUACUUGACUGUCAAUAAAGAAACUGGAAGCAAUCUUUUCUUUUGGUUUUUCCCAUCAAAGAAUAGCUCAGUUCCAGUCGCACUUUGGCUACAAGGAGGACCAGGUGCUGCAUCAACUUAUGCACUGUUCAAUGAAAAUGGACCCUUCAAAGUUGAAUCUGAUUUGACUCUAACCCUUAGACAAUAUCCUUGGACUGAUAUUUUCUCAUAUCUUUACAUUGACCAGCCAGCUGGUACUGGAUUCUCCUACACUGAAAAUGAAGCUGGUUAUGUCAAGAACCAAGAAGAAGUUGGUCGUGACCUGUAUGAAGCUUUGUUACAGUUUUAUGCCCUUUUCCCAGAAUGGCGUCCAAAUGAUUUUUACGUCACUGGUGAAUCAUAUGCUGGUAAAUAUGUUCCCGCUAUUGCUUACAAGUUGCACCAAGAACGUGAAUCAUCCGGUAUCAAUUUGAAAGGAGUUGCAAUUGGUAAUGGUCUAGUUGAUGGUGGUCUGAUGUUCAGGUACUCUGACAUUUUAUAUCAAACAGGCUUAUUUGAUUCUCAUCAAGCUCAAAAAGGACGAGCGAUUGAGAAGGAGAUUCGUAAAGCUGCACGAGAGAAAAGGUGGCGAGAUUGCUUCUAUUUACAAGAUCAUCUUUUAGCCGGAGAUCGAGUUCCAUCAUUCUUUACCAAUGUAACAGGAAUAACUAAUUAUUUCAAUUCAUUGUUAACCGUUAAUCCAGUUGAUACUACAUACUCUGAUAAAUAUUUGGCUCAAGAAGCUGUCCGAGAAGCUAUUCAUGUUGGAAACCGGACUGGUGAUCCUGGAGAUCAAGUGUAUAAUCAUUUAAUAGAUGAUUUCUGUCAAUCAGUUGCUCCUUGGUUAGAGGCUUUGAUGGACAAUGACUACGAAGUUUUACUUUACAGUGGUUCACUUGACAUUGUUGUUGGUGCCACUUGCACUGAAACCCUGAUUAACACCUUGAGAUGGAAAGGUGCUGCUGGAUACAGUAAAACAGAUAGGAAAAUUUGGAGACUCGAUGGUGAAUCUGUUGAGGUACAAGGUUUUAUAACUUCUUUCAAGAAUUUCCAUUAUGUCGUAGUUCGUGGUGCUGGUCAUAUGGUUCCUCAUGAUCAACCUAAAGCUGCUUUUGAAAUGAUUACUAAAUUUAUCGAACGAAAGCUCUAAAAUGAUCUAUAAUCACGCCAUUGUGAUAUACCAUUGUUAUUAAUAGAUGACAACUCGAUGAUAAAAAGAUGAAAAUUGUUACAAACAUUAUGCUGAAAUAAAUAUCGAUUAAAAUUUAAAACAAAAA